AUGCCUCCUCGCCUUCGCUGCCUCCUCGCCUUCGCUGCCUCCUCGCCUUCGCUGCCUCCUUGCCUUCGCUGCCUCCUCGCCUUCGCUGCCGCCUCGCCGCUGCUGCCUCAUAACCUCUGCUCCCUCCCUCCUCCUGCCCUUCCCCCAACCAUGCCCUGCAGGUUGCUCCUCGGGUCGCAACACCCCCACCUACCUAGAGAGCUCUCACUCCUCCCUCGACCUCAAGCCCUUAAAACACCCUACACCCUUCCCUCCCUUUUCGCCUCCGAUUUUUCCAUCUCUUGUCCCUUUCCCUCCCUCUCCCCUGCAGGUCGCUCUUCCGGUCGCAACACCCCCACCUAUCUCGAGAGCUCCCACUCCUCCCCGGACCUAAAGCCCUUCCUUGCCUCUGCAGCCUCGGCACUCCUCCGAUCCUCCUCCUCCGCUGCUGUCUCCUCUGCCGCGGCUCCCGCCACGUCAUACCGUUCCCCGUCGCCGUCCAACCUGGCACGCUCGCACUCGCAUUCCUUGGACGCUCCUGCCACGUCAGCGCCGGCUGCCACCUCAGCAGCGAAAGCUCUGGCGCGGAAACCUGCUUCUGGCGAAGCAUCAGCGCCAGGCGAACAGGAAAAGAGCACAGGGAAAGCAGCAGAUGGUGGGGUGGGGACAGGAGGAGGCAACGAAGGUGGUGAAACAGUAGCAGCAACAGACGUGCCGAGUGGUGAUACUGGCGGUGGCGGGGUUGGGGCAGCAGCAGGAACGGCAGGGAAGGAGUUCAAGUUUAACCCCAACGCCAAGGUCUAUACACCCACUUUCAGCCAUACCCGCCUCUUCCCCCCCCCCCCCAUCGCACUCACUCACCCGCUUCCUAUCCUAUCUUCUUCCCUUUCCCCAUCCCUUCCCCCUCUCCUCUUCCCCCACUUCUGGAACUCCCAUCUCUCACUUACCUGCUUCCUCUUCUACACCUCCCCUUCCCCCUCCCUCUCCCCCUCACCCCCCCAGGAGUUCAAGUUCAAUCCCAACGCCAAGGAGUUUAAGUUCAAUCCCAACGCCAAGGUCUUCACCCCCACCUUCUCCAUGCCCGCAGCUGCUCCGCCCCCUCUCCCCCCGCCCUUCAUCCCCGCCUACCCCUCCGCCAUCCCCCCCCAGCCCCGCCCAGACCACCCCUUCCCCUUUCAACCCCUCCCUGGCGCACCCCCCUCCGCCCCUGGCGCCCCUAUCCCCUUCCCCGCCCCUAUCUACCUCCCAACCCCUCUUCCUCCCCCCUCCCCCGCUCUGUCUUCCCCCAUCCCCCCCACCAACACCCCUGGCGCCCCCACCCCCCCUGCUUCCGCGCUCCCCCUCCCCCUACCCUCCCCCGGGUCCGUUCCCCCUGUGGGGCAAGCAGGGGCGGCAGGGCUUAUACCCAUCCCUGUUUCGGUGCCAGGUGGCAUGCCGCCAUUGGCUGUGGCUCCCCAGCCCAUGUACAUGCCGCCCCAGCAGCAGCAACAGCAGCAGCAGGCGUUGUUCUCUCAGCAAGGAUUUACAGGAGGGGGUAGUGGGGGGAAGGAAGGGGGGAAGCAAGGGGAAGGCGGGAGUGAUGGUGGGGAGUUUGGGGGGAGUGGAGGGGGGGGAAGCAUUCAAGGGCAAGGUGACGGGCAGGGCGCAGGGACAGCAGCAGGACAAUGCUCCUUCUUUCCUCUCUAUUCCCUUCCGUUCAGUUGCUCCUUUCUCCCUUGCAUCAAAUCCCUCAAUCUUCUCCAUUUUCCUGUCCCGUCUGCCCUCUCUCCUUAUCGCCAGCCAUCAGCAGCUUUCAUGCCCAUGCCAUCCCAGGGCAUGCCACCUCAAGGCAUGCCGGGCCAAGGCAUGCCACCCCAAGGGAUGCUGCCGCCCGGUAUGCCGCCCGGCAUGCCCCCUCCCAUGCGGCCCUACCUCCCUGCACCCCACGGCGCCGGCCAGCCAAUGCCUGGAGGCGGCAUGGCGGGCGGCAUGGGCGGCGUGCCAAUGAUGUUCAGCCCGCAAGGGUUUCCCCAGCCCAUGAUGUAUGGGCAGCACGGACAGCUCAUGUACAUGCCCAUGCCUCAGAUGAUGCCUGCUCCCAUGAUGAUGCCGUCACAGCAGCAACAGGACCAGUCACAGCAGCAGCAGCAGCAGCAGCAGCAGCAAGAGGGCUCACAGCAAGCAAGCACAGACCAGCAACAAGGACAGCAACAGCAAGAGGCAGGGCAGCAACAGCAGCAACAGCAACAGCAGCAGCAACAGCAGGGCGCACCAUUGGCGGGAAUGGCAGCGCAGCAGAAGGGUCCCCCUCAAAUGUACCCCAUGGGGAUGCCUCGAGGUCCUGUGAUGCUACCUCCCCCACACUUUUUCCACCGCCCGCCCAUGGUUCCCAUGCACGGCAUGCCGCCCAGCCACAUGCCCAUGCCGCCCCACCCGGGAUCAUCACCCCCGGUCAUGAGCAACAGCCCCCAGCCGCCUACCGCCAUGCCCCCUGCCCGCUAA